GAAACCACGCGAUACUACAGCAGAGCGUCGCACAAUUUGUUAACUGUUUACGUUUCAAUGAACGUAGUAGCCGGGUGAAUCUGAACAAGGAUUGAGUUUAUUGCCCAAAACGUGUCCCAACGGUGAAAAUUUAUUAACACUAUCAAAAUGUAUCCUGCACCAGCCAAAUGGUAUGACAGACGGGACGCAGUUUUUGUUGAGUUCUGUGUUGAAGACAGCAGAGAUGUCAAAGUAAAUUUUGAAAAAAGCAAGCUGGAUUUCAGCUGUGUUAGUGGAACAGAUAAUGUCAAACAUCAAAAUGAAAUUGAGCUUUUUGGAGAAAUAGAUCCAAAAGAAUCCAAGCAUAGACGCACCGACAGGUCAGUCUUGUGUUGUGUACGAAAAGCAGAACCAGGGAAAACAUGGUUGCGACUAACCAAAGCUAAAGCAAAGGCAAGUUGGUUGAGUCUUGAUUUUAACAAUUGGAAAGACUGGGAAAAUGAUUCGGAUGAAGAUCUGUCUGGGUUUGACAAAUUCUCAGAGAUCAUGAAAAACAUGGGCGGGGAUGAUCUCGAUAUAGAUGAGCAUGAGUCUGGAGACAGUGACGAUGACCAAACACCUGACCUUGAAUAGACAAGUAAGGAUGCCGCCCCAGUAGUACGUAAUUCACUCGGGUUGAAGAGACUUAGUCAUGAGAUGGCAGCCGCUCCAGAGAAGAUGUCCACUGUUUCAAAGAGAAACUGUUGAAGGGAGGGACUAUUGAUACAGACUGCACUGAGGCCCUCUUGACGUACAGUGCUGUGCUUCGCUCUUCUGUUCUGCAUGAACAACUCUGUUCAAAUGAAAAUGUUAUUGUUCAUUAACUUUAAUGACUGUAAUGGGACGUGCUGAUGUCUUACACAUGUUUUUGCGAUGUCAGAUGAUGUAUUGUGAUUCCUUGAGAAAAUACAAACUCCAAAACACGAUUUUCCAAAAACCCAUUUUUAAUGAUAGUUUUCCCCUUUAAAUGUUUGUAUUGUAGUUUGCACUUUGUGUUAAUUUAAAAAAGGGUUUUCUGUUGUAUGUCAUUAUUUUACCACAGUUUAACUUCAGUGAAAUAAAAUUUGCUUGUGCAUCAUAAAUAUUGUGUUAAAACAUUGAUAAACAUUUUUGCUUGUAGACAUGCGACAAUGGGGGUCAGUUUGUUCAAGAACACUGCAUAUUGUAGCAGGGCCAUUUUCUUCCAAAUGCUUUCAGAAUAAGGACCUCAAUCCCUGUUUUCAGUGCAGUAUACAAAUGUCUGUUGCUCACAUAUCACUAGAUUUGCUUUACAAUGUUCUAUGUCUGAACUUGUGUUGCAUUAGUCUGAUGCUGUGGGAGUAUGUUUGUAAUAAACUGUCAGAUCAUUCAA